AUGGCUUCCACAUCAUCCGCCCAGCCGGCCAUUAGAUGGUCAAGUAGGCUGGUCGUAACGCUGAAGCGUGGAUUGGCCGGAAAAAGGUCCGAUCAGCGGGCUACCGUUGUUGCUCUAGGCCUGCGGAAGCGAGAGUCAACUGUUGAGGUGCCCAACAACCCGUCAGUCAGAGGGAUGAUCGAAAAGGUUAAACGGCUGGUUCAGGUAGAGACCAAGGAGAUUUCUCCUCUUUCCCAGGCUUGCUCUGAAAUCCAGGUGGAUAAGUACAGCUACAGUAUGUCACUAUGGACAGCAUAA